GUUUUUGUGUCAUACCGGAAGUAUUCUCUCUGUUUUGCUUUCACCAGCAGUGCGCAGCCAUGAAGAUGACAGAGGAAAACAGUUCUGGAAAGUCUGAAAUAACCAUGGAGGAUGUUAGAAAUCUCGUCAAGAAGAAAGAUGAAAUAGAAGAACAGAUAAAAGCUUAUUACGAUGUUUUGGAGGACGUAAGUUUGUCUCAUAGAUCAGUUAAAUCAUAGAUAUAUAGCACUUAGCUAACACGAGCUCAUGGACUUUAUCUGAUAGUGAAGUUUAAUCUCUAAUUUGUGUCUCUAUACAGCAAGGUGUCGGAGUGGAAGAUCCCCUAGUUGACGAAGAGGGCUACCCACGAGCAGAUGUCAAUUUAUACCAGAUCAGAACAGCGAGACAUAAUAUUUCAUGUAAGUCUUCUGUGGAUUCCAGUGUUUUCUACGGUAGUCGAGAACCGCCACCGCUGCAGAUUAAAAAAGAAUGCAAAAAAAAAGAACUCACAACAGAAGUUACUGAUGCAAAAAACAAAAGCCCGCUGCAAAAAAUCAAAAAAUAAAUGGUGCAGAUAAAAAAUAAAAACAAAAGGAAGUUAACAACGCAAAAUAAAGUUGUGAUGGAAAUAAAAAAGUUAUUAACUGUGAAAAUGAAAGGAUGCAAACAAAAAAGAAACCGAAGCCUAUAGCAAAUUUAAAAAAAAAGAAACGAUGCAGACAAAACAAAAAAGGCAUAACAGAAGGGAACAACACACACACAAUAAGAAAAAGUGGCGAUGGUAAAAAAAAAAAAAGGCACUGCGAAAAUAAAAGGAUGCAAAUAAAAAAACAAACCACAGAAGUGAGCUGGAGGAUGCCGGUGUAGUGUGAGCUUCAGUUCAACUUCAUAUCGACUCAGGUGCUACAUGGCCUAACCAAAUGACACAUUUAAAAGUUUACGUAGUGAAAUUAAACAAUAACUUUUCCACUAACUUCUUUGCUCGUCUUCUCGCCGUCGUCUUCCGUGCUUAGAUCAUAAAACACCGGUGCAUCAUCAUAAUUGGUCCCCGGCAGCUCACUUCUGUUGUGGCCUCUUUUUUUUUUGCAUCCUUUUCUUUCCACAGUAAGAACCUUUUUUUUUGUGUCGAUAACCUUUGUUGUGACUUUUUUGUCACAACAAUGUCUUUUUUAUUUGCAGCAGGUUUUGGUUUAUUUUUUUGCAUUGGUAACUUCUGUUGUGGCUUUUUUCUUUUGCAUUCUUUUCUAUUUGCAGCAGUGGCGAUUCUCGGCCACUGUUCGAAAUAAAACAUUAGGUAAAACACUUAAAUUUAUGCUUGUGGUCCAGGUUAUUGUGUUCUCAAUGUUUAUUUAGGCAAAAGCAUUUCCCUUACUUCCUUCGUGGCCAAAUACUUAACUUUGCACUUCUAGUAUUUGUCAAAGCUUAUUCUUGUUGCACGUCUAAAUUUUGAUCAUGUCUUUCAGGCCUACAGAAUGAUCACAAAGCCAUCAUGGCAGAGAUCGAAGAAGCUCUGCACCAACUGCACGCUCGAGAGAAAGCAAAAAGAGAACAGGAUGAGGCAGAAGCCCAGGGGGAGGCGAUGGAGCAGGAGGUCACCCUUCCUUCACCCUUUGCUCGGGUGGAUGCUGUGACUCAAGGCUCACCUGCCUGUGGAGCAGUAAGUGACAUGGACUGUGGUUCUAUAUCUGUGGGCAUACCUUCAGAAUUCCUCAUUUAUGUGGCUAAAUUAUUUUUGUUGUAUCAUGGAAGGGGCUCAGAGUUGGUGACGAGGUCAUCGAGUUUGGGUCUGUGAACUCGGGGAACUUCAAGAACCUACAGAACAUUGCUUCAGUGGUCCAACACAGUGAAGGGGUAAGAUACUGACUCAUUCUAUAGCUGCUUGUCUCUUUUUGUGCAGCAAUUAAAGGGAUAUUCACCUAACUCGGUGUUAAGGUGUGUUUGACCCUAACUUCAUUUUACGCUGGAAUAUCCCUUUAAACAUGUUUUUUCCAUCAUUUUGCACUCAGUGUGUUUUAGUCAUGGUAUUCUUUUUACCCAGAGUUAUACCUGAAACACUGAGAUUUAAGAUUGCACUGUAUUCAGUAGAUUUGGAUCACUUUUUGCUGAACUGUCUGAAUAUUUUCUUCUGUCGUGUCCUCAUUCAGAAACCAUUACGUGUCACAGUCAUCCGGGCCGGACAGAAAGCUCAGAUGAGCCUCACUCCACAACGAUGGUCAGGCAGAGGUCUGCUGGGGUAUGUGCGACAGACACACAAAAGUUUCAUGCAGUUCAAAGGAGACAGAGAAAAAGUUUAAGAGUCCAGUACAAACAUGGAUAUCAAGGAGAAGGAAAAAAGUUGAGACUUUGGGUGAGAUGACUAAACAUGAAUCACUCUGUACAGGUGUUUAACAAAAACCAGUGAUAUUGGUAAAAUUACAUUUAGCAUAUUUGCCAAGUAGAUGUAUGCAUUCAGGAUUUUCAAAUUGUUGUUGGAACAAGAUAUGAAGUACUUAAUUCUUUGUUCUCUUUUUUUCAGGUGCAACAUCGUUCCGAUCCACCGAUAAACACUGUGACAUCUGAAGACUCUCAGUUAUGAAGCGCUUCCUUCACUCGGAUUAUCCACGGAUGGUUUCAAACUGACUUUGUACAUAAUGCUGACAUUUCCGUCUGCUGAAUUCACAAAAGCUCUUCAGUUGGAGAGCUGUUAUUAGUUUGCUGAUUUGAGUUGAAUAAACAUUGCUUCCUUAAACGGCUAUUUGAACUAUCUUUCAGGUUUAUCCGGUCUGCUGUUGAUUGAAAGUGCUGAUGCUCUCAGGGGGCAUGGAUCUCACUCUGCAAAUGUCAUUUACUUACUUCCUUUCAUUACUUGAUACUUUUUUCGUACUUGAGGUUAACAGUGGUUUUACAUGAUAAAUUAUGUUAAUGAAGAAUAGUAUAAAUAUCUUACAGUGUACUGAAGUGAUGCGCUUACAUAAGGGGAAUGACUUGAGAACUCUGAUACUGCCUUUAUUAAAGACUUCUUUUCAAUCAUGGAUUAUAAUGA